AUGGAGGUGUUUACCGAUGCAGAGCUCGAUUAUCCUUGUAACAGCUGUGGUAUUAUGAUUGGCAACCAUGACGAGAAACAAGAAUAUUGCAGAGGGGAAAUAAUCAGAAUUGCCUCACCUUCCCAUCCCGCUUGGGAAGGCCUGAUAUUCGACACACCAACACCAUCUCCUAGCCCACCCGUUGAGCUGUUCAUGGCAUUAGGCAUUCCCUGGAAUCCAUUUACUUCUGCUAGUCGGUCACCUCCCGAGGCUGAGAUUAAACCAGACCUGAAGACUACCGGAGCCAAGAACAUCUCGCAAUCAAGCAUGUCACAGAAUUUACGCCCCGACACAGAAAUGAUACGCCGGAUUCCCUCUUCCAACCCGGUAGCCCGGCCAAAGCGUCAGCGGUUCCUCGGCGAUUUAUCAAUCAAAAUAAUCCCAAGCAAUUCCUCAUCUACACCGACGGUUCCUGCUUGA